AUAUUCAGCAUUUUCUUUGUAGUGGUUCCAACACUGGGUUUCAGUUCAGCAAAAUACGUAUGGCCAUUGAUUGACUCUACAUAUACCUACGAAAUAAAGAAUUCCAAAGCUGGAGACUACAAUCAGUGUGGAUUCCACUUCGAGGGUGACCAUCCCUCGUUUGCAGGAACCCCACUACAGUUAAAUGGUUACACAUAUCCCUACAUAGACAUUGACAUUGACAACAGUAACGAGUUUAAAUCGUUUUCUUUCUCGUUGUCAGUUAAUAUUUCUGGUUUAGUUGGAUGUAUAUUUCAUUUCAAGUCCUCGACAACGGCAUCUAACGUCAUUCUCGAAGUCCGUGUUUGUGUUAAUGGUACUUCACUUCAAAUGGAGGCAAUAUCAUCUGCAGGAAUAUCAAGUACUUUCCUAUCGCCGUCUAUGUUCCAAGGUCAAUGGUUUGUGGUGCAAGCGGGAAGAGACUUUGAUAAUACAAAGAUGAAGUUUAUUUCUAGCCUCAGUGGUGAAACUAUUUUAGCUUCUGAUAUACAUGGCUCUAAAAUUUUGGGAUUGCCAGGAACUUUUCGAAUCGGAGCGAAGCACGACACGACUAUGGCGUUAUCGUUAGAAGUUACCUGUUUCACAAUGUAUGACGUCACAACAAAUACAGCUAAUGAUGUAACGGACAUUGAAAAUCAAUGCCAGUCACCCUCUUCAGUAUCAGGUCUCCCUCCCCCGUCAGCGGGUUGCCCUGUUCCAGACACUACACAGCCUCCCUCUGUAACCACAGAGGCUACUUCACAAUGCACGAGGACAAUUUCUGGAUUUCCUAAUCAACGAAAUGGAUUCUUUAGUCUCACAGUGAAGAACACGACUUAUUCCGAUCCCGCUAACCUCAUAGCAACCUUUAGUGUUUUCAGUAAGAGACACUGUGCUGAACAGUGCUUAAGAAAUAAUCAAUGUUUAUCAUUUCUGUUCAGAAGUAUGAAUCUAGAACUUUCAAUUUGUACCUUGUUUAAUACACCUUCUCCGUCCAAUCCAGGUCCAUUGAUGUAUAGUCACUUGUAUAAACUUACAUGUAAGUAA